AAAGUCAAAUUGAAAUGUGAAAAAUGUCCUAUUUCUCUUCCUCUUCCUCUUUCAGUUUCACUUAGUCUUUGAUUUGGUUGAAAUCCAAUCCUCCUUGACAUUGUCUUUAACUCUGUCCCCUACAUGGCUUAUCUGUGCAUGCAGUCUUGGCUUCAAUAUACAUGUUAUACAUGUAGAUGUUGACUCAGUUGAGCUGGCCUGUUAUACCGGUAUACUCAAGUGAAUCUGGCACACAGUAGUACUAGUAGGAGGAGCUUUGGAAGAGGCGAAAGGCUCAAAGACGAGAUGUUGAGCAGUUGGGGAUGGAGCUGGUGAAGGGUAGGACUAGGAGGGCCAUGAGAAGUCAGGAGAAGGCCCUUGCUGCAACAGGCAACAAUGGGGUUCAGCUGGCAACUGAUUGGUUGUUAUCCCACAUAAAUGAUCCAUGCCUUGAUAUGAACACUCCAAGAGACUACUUUGUCUACUUGUGCCCAAAGGGUAAUCUGUUGCGAGAUUUGCAAGAUUUCUGGGUGACUUCUGCUGCUAAAUGUGGGCGGAAUAAGGCGCAUAACUACUUCCCUCACAUAACAUUGUGUCCUAUGUUCAAGGUAGAGGACUCAAAACUUGACGUGAUGGUGAAGCUCUUCGAAAAGGUGAUUGACAGAUUCACCAAUGAAUCUCAUAGACUUGGCUUAGAAUAUUUUGCAUCAGAUAAUUUUAUCGGAAUGUUUGUAACAGAGGAGGGUGAACGAUUUAUGAAGAAAGUGGUGACAGACUUAGCAGAGGAGGCCAAGACAAUAGGCGUAACGCUAGAAAACUACAAAAAACAGCUGCACUUGUCACUUGCCUAUAAGUUCUACCCAAAACACAAAGCCAUGUUGGAGAGUUUGGCCCAUAGGGUCAAUACAACUGCUCAGACUGGAUGGGAUUUCAGACUGUACUCAAGAGAUCCGAGAAGUCGGGAUACAGAGGUUAAAAAGGUCCUAGGUAUAAACAGCGCAUUUUACCCCGAUGAGCUGGACCUCUUCCCUGGAGACUUUAUCCUUGUGAAUGAGAAAACAAAGGAGAUAGAUGGUUGGAGUGAGGGGACGUCUUGGCUGACUGGGAUAUCGGGCAGGUUCCCUUUGGCUUAUACGGAACCUACAGCAGAGAUGGAUACAUGGAUAAAACAUGUGCAACGACCAUAUUAUGCUGCUGCCUGCAGCGAGCCUGAGCCAAUGGAGAAUGAGGUAUCAGUUUAUGAGACAAUAUACAACAGUCACACUACUAAUAACACUCCUGAACUACUCAAGUCAACCGUCCCAAUAUAUGCCAAGGUUGACAAGACGGCAAAGGCAAAGGCACGUGAAACUAAUGCUGUUGCAACAAACAAGGAAAAUGGUCCCCGUCAUGUUUAUGUGUUAAGACAUGGAGAGCGGAUAGAUUUCACAUUCGGUCGACGGUGGUUGGAGGAAUGCUUUGACGAACAAGGAAAUUACUCCCGGCAAGAUCUAAAUCAGCCAAGAACAGUUCCAUACAGAAGAAAGAAGUAUGCUUACAUCAAAGACUGUCCACUUACUGAGUUUGGCGUCUUCCAUGCUAGAGCUACAGGAGAGGCAAUGAAGGAAGCUGGGGUUCAAAUCGACUUUGCUUAUGUGUCGCCUGCUUUAAGAUGUGUACAGACUGCGUCUGCUUGUUUGGAAGGGAUGGGCUUGAGUACAUCAGUACCUCUCAGGCUUGAUUGUGACGUCUUCGAAUGGUUAGGCUGGCAUAAACAAGACAUGCCCGAAUGGUUUUCUCCUGAAGAGUUCAAGGAAUUGGGCUACAACAUUGACCUGAGUUACGUACCUCAAAUGAAAACCUCUGACUUGAACCCUGAGGAGUCAAUAGAAGCGUAUUACAACAGGAACCAUGUGUUUGUCAGGAAGUUGAUAGAGAAUCAUCAAGCAGUUGGAAACAUAUUCAUUGUUGGUCAUGCGGGUACAAUCGACACGAUGACGAGGCAGCUCACUGGCCGCACUCCUGUCCUCAACGACAAGUUUUUCCAAAUGGUGCAGAACAUUCCCUAUUGCUCUCUUGUGCACUGUAAAGAAAGUCAACAAGGUCGAAAAUGGUCGUUAGUGGAACCUCCAGUGCUGCCGAUGACAAGUAGAGGCAAUAAAAAGUUCAAUUGGAGAGUAGUUUUACAGUAUUAAGAAUUUAGCAUGUUGUUUUGUAUCUGUGAUUAUGACUUAUGUAUCUAAAGUUAAAACAAUAAAAAUUGAAUUUAGAAGUCUGGAAUAGUUUCAAUCGGACAAACGUGAAAUAAUGCAAGCAUGAUAAUAGUGAUACCGUAUCUUCAGACAUGUCAGAGGCUGACAUUUCUUGGCCACUCAUGAAGAAAAGGAUGAAUUACAAUCUGCUCUGUGGAGUAAACUUUCUGUUAAAUUGGGGGGGGGGGGGAGGGGAAGAGGCCUACUCUCUGUACAUACUUGGUAGUCCAGGAACAGGAAGGCAGAUUGACAGACAAUAUACCCAUGGAUAAUCUAUACUUCCAUAUUUCCUUGGCAUUGUUCUUCUUAAAAGGCUGUUUUAACUCAUCAAAAUCUGCUGCUUGACCGAAAGCUUUUAUGCCAAAGUAUUUUUGUAUUUUGUACCUGGUUAUUAUAGAUGUUGUAGUUCUGGGGUAGUGCAAAGUUGUCUGAAUUAUGUCUGGUUGAGUGAUUUGAUGUUUCAUGUAUGUUGUACCGUUGCCCUUUGUUUUGUAAACCUUGUUUUAAAAGUAGUCCUCUAGUUACAAAACUUCCAAUGUUUGUUAUGGUCUGCUUGCUCUAUGCUGCUUAGAUCUCCAAUCAUCUUGAACAUUUAUCUAGAGUACCCUAUACCAGAUUGAAAAUGAGCAGAUUUGUGAGUGAAUGUUAACUCUUGAUGGCCCAAAAUGCAUUCAAUAGAAUCUCCGAUAGAAUUGUUACUUGAGUGAAAAGUACAAGUCUGACAUGUACAAAGGUAUUAAUCUGAAUAUAUAAGCAAGAAUCGUAGACAUAUUAUAUCAUUGUCAGGUACAUGGCAGUGGGGUCAGUACUUAGUAAGCUUUUGUUUGUCAUCUGCAUGUAGUUCUGAAAAAUAUCAUUGUCUGUCUGUAAAUCACACCACACACUGGCAAAUAAAUCAAGACUAAUAGCAAGUACCACAAUUGGCCUUGCUGAUUGGUCAAAAGAGUAAAUGACUCAGACCACACAACACUUUCACUCUGACUGACUUUUGAUUAGGUUGCCUGUUUUCAAGGCCAGUUGAUCUUGGUAAAUGCCAGUUUCCUAUGUUAAUAUUUUAUCAAUCACUUUUCUAUGAAACUCAAGAUUAUUGUGAUGCACACACAAGUAAUUUAGUGUUGUGUUUUGCUAGUUUGUCGAGCAAACAUGUAUAGAAUUGUAUAAUGGUGCUGUGUAUGAUAGUGUAAUUGUUACCAUUAUAUAAUAUAAUUGAGAUUUUAUUUUGUUAUGACUAUUUAGAGAAGAGGAACAGUUUUUCUGAUUUAAAUAUUCUCGAAUUUUGUGAGGGGGUUGACUCAAACAUGGUUGGCAGACCAGAACACUUUGUGAAAAAAUUUCAGUUGCAAUAUUUUACAAGGUUUUCAUGAUCUCGGCAAAGUCGAACAAACUGAUCAUCAUUGAAUACAGAAAUACUUAAAAUGUUUGCAUGCCUUAAUUUUACAGUUACCAGUAAUCGCAAAAAUAUGUGCUCGUGGGAAAGAAAAUGUAAUUGAAAUUACCGUUAUAGGGUUGUCAAAAUGUGAAAGGGAGGAAAUGGUGCCCCCCUGGCAGGGAUGGUUCAUCCAGUUACCCCUCUAAUGCACAAUACCAAAAUAGAUGAUUCCCAGGAGGGGGUCUGGGGGCGUUGAAACAUUGCGGUUGCAGAGUAAUCAACUUCUUUGUUAAGCUGUACUGAGUGCAGUCGUUUAGGUGCUUCAUACACUUUUUUCCCUUGAUAUUUCACCACUGAUGAGAGUAAUGUAAAGGAGUCAUUAUUCUUUGUCUUCUUUGAAUUUAUCUACUGCUGAUUCUAAUUCUGAUAUUCAUGUUUACAAUAUGUCAUGUGCAUGUAUCCAAAUGCCACAAUUUGCUUGUCUUUGUCGUAGGAUGUGUGAACUAAUGAAAAAAAAGGACCAAAUGUUGAUACAUGUAAUCAACACAGGUGAUACCAUCUUGACUUUUAUGUGUUUGUAGUAAAUCUGUUGUGUUGUGAGUUGUGCUUCCACUUUGCCACCAACAUACAUGUACAUGUAAACUUUAGAUCUCAUAUCAUCUAUCCAAGAGGGAGACUAAUCAUUUGCUAGGGGGGGGGCAAAAUUUACAAUCUGAAGGCAGUUUCAAAUUUUUAGCUACUUAUUGUCAGUAUUUAGGACAAAAGAUUUUUGCCAGUUUAAUAUCUAUGUAUGAAGCUGGACUUCUGAUUAGAAAGAAAAAUUUACUGUAAUCCGGAUGCUGGCAAGCUUCCUUCGUGUUUAUUCAAGGUUUUAUUUGUAAUCAAGAGCAAUUCCAAUUCAGUUCAACUUACCAGAUCUAAUGUUGUUAUGGUAAUAAAGUAAACUUUCC